AGGGCGGCCUCAAGCUUGGCCCGCGGCGAGAGGGGACGACCUGUCUCAGCCGCCGGCCUCAGGUCAAGGUCAGCGGCAGCGACCGGCCAGAGGUCAAAGUCAGCGCUCGGCCUGGCCAUGAACGGCGUUGCGGCCUCCGGCGACUACGGCAUGGAUGACGACUACCAUGAUGCCGACGAUACCAUUCCACUGCACCAGGAGGACAUCUAUGGCGGCAGCCGGCGCAGCGUGAUGCCCGAGCUGAAGAAGUGGGACGUGUUCCGCGUCAUCCCGCCCGACAACGACUCCGGCUCGGCCGCCGACCAGCGCUGCCUCGACAUCACCAUCAAGAUCGUCAAGGUCAUCGUCUACAUCAUCACCUUCGGCAUCGUGCUGGCGUCCGGCGUCAUCGCCAAGGGCACCACGCUCUUCAUGACUUCGCAGCUCAAACAGCACAAGUCGCUGGAGUACUGCAACAAACGGAUAGGUCUGGACAAGACGUGGCGGGUGGAGCUGCCCGACGUCGAGAAGGUGGCCUGGGUAUGGUGCCUCUUCUUCUGCUUCAUCACCCCCGAGGCCGGCACCUGGAUACGGUCCACCCGGAUGUGCAUCUUCAAGUCGAUCCGGCGUCCCGAGUUCAGCCACUUCCUGGUCGUCGUGCUGUUCGAGACGCUGCAUACGAUCGGUCUGGCGCUGCUCGUCUUCUUCGUGCUGCCGGACCUCGAUGCCGUCAAGGGCGUCAUGCUCACCAACUGCGUCUGCAUCGUGCCUGGGGUGCUCGGCAUGCUGUCGCGCACCAACCGGGAGUCGAGGCGAUUCCUGAAGACGGUUUGCGACAUCGCAGCCAUCCUGGGUCAGGCCACCGGCUUCAUUGUCUGGCCCAUCAUUGAGUACCAGAAGGGCAACACCAAGGCGUGCUGGGCCAUUCCGCUGGCCGUCGUGCUGACAUCUCUCGGUUGGUGGGAGAACUACGUGGAUCGGAAGUCAAAAAUCGGUAUUGUUCAGUACCUGGGAACAAUCAAGGAGAAAAUGAAGAAGACGCGCUAUUGGGUAUACUUGUUCGCAUCACUUUGGAAGAUACUAAUAUUCUUCGCGUGCAUGCUGUUCUUCAUGUUCCUCCGUCUGGACAACGUAGGAGAUUUAUUUACCAAGUUUACAGAUAGCUUCAACCAACACAAGAUAUUUGUCAACGAGACUUCUCGCGCCCUGCUCGGCACGGCUACGGACACUGCCGACUUCGCCAAGCUUUUCACGGAUACCAAGACCAUCUUCUCGGAUGGCAACACCGCCAUCUACGUGUGCUUGAUACAGAUAUUUGCAGCCUACUCCGCAUACAUAUUUGGCAAGUUUGCGUGCAAGAUCUGCAUCCAGGGCUUCAGCUUCGCGUUCCCGGUGAACCUGACGAUCCCGGUGACUCUGUCGCUGCUGCUGAUGGGCUGCGGCCUUCGCUCCGGUGACGCCUGCUUCCUGCGCGACACCAUCCCCGGCUACCUCUUCUUCGAGUGUCCGCGCGGCGACUACAUCAAGGACUUCAUUGCUGGCGAGCACGUCUGGAUCUGGGUGCUGUGGCUGUUCUCCCAAACGUGGAUCACGCUGCACAUCUGGACGCCGCACUGUGAGCGGUUGGCCACCACCGAGAAGCUGUUCGUCACGCCCAUGUACAACUCGCUGCUGAUCGACCAGUCGCUGGGCAUGAACCGGCGCCAGGACGACGCGCCUGAGCGCCUGGAGUCGGACUCGCGCGCGGCCGACCCGGACGACCCGGACGGCACGCAGCACUACGAGACCAUCAGCAUCCACACCGACUCGUCGCAGACGGCCAACGUGCGCGCCACCGACCACAUUACGCGCAUCAUCGCCUGCGCCACCAUGUGGCACGAGACGCGCGACGAGAUGAUGGACAUGCUCAAGUCGGUGCUGCGCAUGGACGAGGAUCAGUCGGCCAUGAAGGUGGCGCAGGAGUACCUCAAGGUGCGCGACAAGGACUACUACGAGUUCGAGACGCACAUCUUCUUCGACGACGCCUUCGAGAUGUCGGACGAGGACGAGGACGAGCAGGUGGCCAACCGAUUCGUCCGCAUGCUGGUGGAGUGUAUCGACGAGGCGGCGUCGCACGUGCACCAGAUCCCGAUCCGGCUGCGGCCGCCCACCAAGAUUCCGACGCCGUACGGCGGUCGGCUCACCUGGACGCUGCCCGGCAAGACGAAGCUGAUCGCGCACCUGAAGAACAAGAUGCUGAUCCGGCACCGCAAGCGCUGGAGCCAGGUGAUGUACAUGUACUACCUGCUCGGCUACCGGCUGAUGGAGCUGGACAUCUCGGUGGAGCGCAAGGAGAUCAUGGCCGACAACACCUACCUGCUGACGCUGGACGGCGACAUCGACUUCCAGCCGUCCGCCGUCAAGCUGCUGGUCGAUCUGAUGAAGAAGAACCGCAACCUGGGCGCCGCGUGUGGCCGCAUCCACCCGGUGGGCUCGGGCCCGAUGGUGUGGUACCAGCUGUUCGAGUACGCCAUCGGCCAUUGGCUGCAGAAGGCCACCGAGCACAUGAUCGGCUGCGUGCUCUGCAGUCCCGGCUGCUUCUCGCUUUUCCGCGCCAAGGGCCUGAUGGACGACAACGUGAUGAAGAAGUACACGCUGACGUCGCACCAGGCACGGCACUACGUGCAGUACGAUCAGGGCGAAGACCGCUGGCUGUGCACCCUCCUACUGCAGAGAGGCUACCGGGUGGACUAUUCGGCCGCCUCCGACGCCUACACCCACUGUCCGGAGGGCUUCAGCGAGUUCUACAACCAGCGCCGCCGCUGGGUGCCCUCCACGAUCGCCAACAUCAUGGACCUGCUCAUGGACUACAGAAACACCAUCAAGAUCAACGACAACAUCUCCAUGCCGUACAUCAUGUACCAGUCAUUCCUGAUGGCAGGCACCAUUCUGGGGCCGGGAACAAUCUUCCUCAUGUUGGUGGGAGCGUUCGUGGCAGCCUUCCGCAUCGACAACUGGACAUCGUUCCAGUACAACAUUUACCCCAUUUUGGUGUUCAUGCUGGUCUGCUUCACCAUGAAGUCCAACAUCCAGCUGCUGGUGGCCCAGAUCCUGUCUGCGGCGUAUGCCCUUAUCAUGAUGGCUGUGAUAGUGGGCACGACGCUCCAGCUGUACGAGGACGGGCCUGGAUCGCCUUCCUUCAUCUUCCUCAUCGCCACUAUCCUGUCCAUGGUCAUAGCGGCCGUCCUCCAUCCGCAGGAGUUCAAGUGCAUUUUCCCUGGCUUCAUCUACCUGCUCUCCAUCCCGUCCAUGUACCUGCUGCUGAUCCUGUACUCCCUAACUAACCUAAACAACGUCACAUGGGGUACUCGUGAGGUCCUCGCCAAGAAGACCAAGAAGGAGCUGGAGGAGGAAAGAAAGGCUUUGGAGGAGGCCAAGAAGCGCCCGGACGGCAUCCUCGGCUACCUCUACAGCACGAAAUCAGCAGACCAGGACGGGUCGAUCGAGUUCAACUUUGCCAACCUGUUCCGCAUCAUGUGCUGUACCUACCCGAAGCAGAUUGAUGAGCGCGAGCAGCUGAAACGCAUCGCUGACUCGCUGGACGCGCUCAACCGGCGCAUGGACCUGGUGGAGGGGGGCCACCACCAUGGGCGACGAUGCAGCUUCAGCCGCAGCUCGAAUCAUGGAGGCCUCAUCAGCACCGUCAAGGAGGACCGCUCUGCCUGCUCCGACACAGGCGACA